CUCUCUCAAUAAAAAGCCUAAAGCCACAACACACCAAGUCAAAUUAUUGGAGAGAUAAAGAGAGAGAAGUUUCUUCAACUGCUGCUGCCAACAAAGAUAGAUGCAGAAAACAUAGCAGAGAGAGGGAAAGAAGAGAGAGAGAGAGAGAGGGAAAGAAGAGAGAGAGAGAGAGAUGGGAAGAGCUCCUUGCUGUGAUAAGGCUAACGUGAAGAAGGGGCCGUGGUCGCCUGAAGAAGAUGCAAAACUUAAAGAGUUCAUCGAGAAAUUUGGUACGGGUGGAAAUUGGAUUGCUUUACCUCAGAAAGCUGGGUUGAAGAGAUGCGGAAAGAGCUGCAGAUUGAGAUGGCUAAAUUAUCUGAGGCCAAACAUUAAGCAUGGCGAAUUUUCUGAUGAAGAAGACAGAAUAAUUUGUACGCUCUAUGCAAGUAUCGGAAGCAGGUGGUCGAUUAUAGCAGCUCAGUUACCAGGGAGGACUGACAACGAUAUCAAGAACUACUGGAACACCAAGCUGAAGAAGAAACUGAUCAUGGGACUGAAUCCAUCAAACUUGGGAAAAUUUUCACAGCCAUUUUCAGCCAGCCUUCAAACUCAACCUCAACCUUUGUCUUCUGAUCUGCUGCAGUUGUACAGAGAUUACAACUCACUUUGCUUCCAGGCUGCUAAAUCCGUCUCUGCAGUUGAAUCAUUUUCAGGCCCACAAAAUUUUCUCCACUGCAACAGUGACAACCUUUCAUUCUUAUCUACCAGUCAAUGUUCUAUCAAUUAUCAGCAAAACCAAGAGGGUUUGGUGGACUUGCAGUACUAUGAUCCAGGGAAAGACAACGUUAAUAUGCUUGUAUUUGGGGGUAAUGAAGCAAGUUGUUCUUCAUCUGAUGGGAGCUGCUGCCAGAUCAGCUACGGGAAAGAACAGGUGAUCAAACAAGAAGAUCAAAUGGGCUGUCUUCAUCGGGAUUUUCAUGUUGAAGAAAGCCAGAAGUUCAUGCUUCAUUACGGACAGUAUGUUGAUGGAGAUCAGCAUCAUCAUCAUGGGGAUCCGUUCAGUGUUUUUCUUGAUGAAAGGGCAAAUGGGGUUUUGGGCAGCAACAGUCAAUAUCUGGAGCAAGUUAAGCAACUGAUUAGCUCUGGUAAUGGCAACAGUUUCUUGUUUAAUGAUGAAAACAAGACUGAUGAGAGGGGGAUGUAUUAUUACUACUGAGAGAGAAACUGACUGUAGUACAAUCAGAAAGAUUUGAAGGGGCAUGGAGCAUGGUGGUGUGGGGUGGGAGUCAGGAUUCAGAUGAAAAAGGAGUUUCAGUUUCUGGGGUUCUGUGUUGUGAUGCAAAUUCAAUGGAAAAAAAACUUCUU